CGAUCUCGGCGAGGGAAACCCUGUAGUAGCUUUCUGAGGGGACCCAAGAUGGCCGAACACUUACAGUGGGGCUAAUCGCUGAUCUCCUUAUAGACAUUGUCAUUUGAUGGUGUUCAGCGCUCACGUUACACAUUUAUAGUACCGGAAAGUCGGACGAGUUUGCCCAUUCGACCAGUUGGGUUUUGUAAUGUCCGUCUGUGUAUGAGGAGAGAGGCUGGUCCUUCUACGGCCCGCAGCCAGAACAUGGCGGAACACUUGGACAAAAUAUAGCUUUGCUGCUAGGCUGCAGACUCGCUUAUAAUGAAAACACUGUACCGUAUGUGGCUCUUUCAACACUUCAUGAACACAGCGUGUUUAUAAUGGGCCAUUAAGGUAUCGGUACCGCUUUAGAAUUUUUUCUACACUCGGUUAGACAUAAAUUAGAGUCACAAUGUUGAAGGCGAGCAGAUAGCCUGCUAGCUGACUCGCUAGGACAGCUAGCUUAGCUAACUAGUGUUUGGCUCCGUUUGCUCGUAGCAGUUAUCAGAUGUGAGAGGGCGUCCGAAAUUAUAUGUGUGUUAUUAUAAAUAUAUAUAUUUCCUCCUGCUGAGUUGUACGUAUCUGAUGCGAAUUUUCACGUUGCCUGCACGCCCACAGCCAGACAGACUUCAAAGUAUAAAGUUAUCCACGUUUGGGUGAUAAUUGAAGGACUAUGUUGCGGCUAAGUGUCAGUGUGCAGCUAGCCAGCGUUAGCGCCGCGCGUCAUUAGCGGGACAACAGGUAGGGUGUAAAUGUCCAGUUCAGACGGAGCCGUGCAGCGGAGAGUCUAACGAGAGGACGAAUCCGGUUCUGGGAGUAAUAUCUGUGUAACAAGGCAAACAAAACUCCGAACCUAAAGAGUUGACUCGCAAGAAUGACUGACACUCGGCGACGAGUGAAGGUCUACACUUUGAAUGAAGACCGGCAGUGGGAUGACCGGGGCACGGGGCAUGUUUCCUCCGGCUAUGUGGAAAGACUCAAAGGCAUGUCUCUGCUGGUGCGGGCGGAGAGCGACGGGUCUCUGUUGCUGGAGUCAAAAAUCAACCCCAAUACAGCAUAUCAGAAACAGCAGGACACAUUGAUUGUUUGGUCUGAAGCUGAAAACUAUGACCUGGCCCUCAGCUUUCAGGAGAAGGCUGGUUGUGAUGAGAUCUGGGAGAAGAUAUGUCAGGUUCAGGGUAAGGACCCAUCGGUGGACAUCACCCAGGAGCUGAUCGAUGAGUCAGAGGAGGAGCGUUUUGAGGACAUGUCCUCUCCCGGUCUGGAAUUGCCGCCGUGUGAGCUCUCGCGCUUGGAGGAGGUGGCUGAGCUGGUGGCGUCUUCACUGCCGUCUCCGCUGCGGCGCGAGAAGCUGGCGCUGGCGCUGGAGAACGAGGGCUACAUCCGCAAGCUCCUGGAGCUGUUUCGUGUGUGUGAGGACUUGGAGAACCGCGAAGGCCUGCACCACUUGUACGACAUUGUCAAGGGUAUCUUCCUGCUAAACCGUACAGCUCUCUUCGAGGUUAUGUUCUCCGAUGAGUGUAUCAUGGACGUGAUCGGAUGCCUGGAGUUCGAUCCGGCGUUGCCACAGCCGCGCCGCCACCGCGAGUUCCUUACCACCACGGCUCGCUUCAAGGAGGUUAUUCCCAUCACAGACCCUGAACUGCGCCAGAAGAUCCACCAGACAUACCGUGUGCAGUACAUCCAGGACAUGGUGCUGCCUACACCCUCUGUGUUUGAAGAGAACAUGCUCUCCACCCUGCACUCAUUCAUCUUCUUCAACAAGGUGGAGAUUGUCGGUAUGCUCCAGGACGAUGAGAAGUUUCUAACUGAGCUCUUUGCACAGCUAACAGAUGAAGCCACAGACGAUGACAAACGGCAAGAACUGGUCAAUUUUCUGAAGGAGUUUUGCGCCUUCUCUCAGACUUUACAGCCACAAAACAGAGAUGCGUUCUUCAAGACCCUCUCCAACAUGGGAAUUCUGCCAGCGUUGGAAGUUAUACUGGGGAUGGAUGAUGUGCAAGUGCGGGGUGCGGCUACAGAUAUCUUCUCUUACCUGGUGGAGUACAACCCCUCUAUGGUGCGCGAGUUUGUCAUGCAGGAGUCCCAGCAGAAUGAUGACGAUAUCUUGCUGAUUAAUCUGAUCAUUGAGCACAUGAUCUGUGAUACGGACCCUGAGCUGGGGGGAGCCGUGCAGCUAAUGGGGCUACUGAGGACCCUAGUGGACCCUGAAAACAUGCUGGCAACCGCUAAUAAAACAGAAAAGACAGAGUUUUUAAGUUUCUUCUAUAAGCAUUGCAUGCAUGUGCUCUCUGCUCCAUUACUGGCUAAUACCACUGAGGAGAAACCCAGCAAAGAUGAUUUCCAGACAUGCCAGUUGUUGGCACUGAUUGUGGAGCUCCUCACUUUCUGUGUGGAACAUCACACAUAUCACAUAAAGAACUACAUUAUCAACAAAGACAUUCUGCGCAGAGUGUUGGUGCUCACUGCAUCCCAGCAUGCCUUUCUAGCUCUCUGUUCUUUGCGUUUUAUGAGGAAAAUUGUCGGCCUGAAGGACGAAUUCUACAACCGCUAUAUCAUGAGGAACUUCCUGUUUGAGCCAGUGGUCAAAGCGUUCCUCAACAACGGUUCCCGAUACAACCUCAUCAACUCAGCCAUCAUAGAGAUGUUUGAAUAUGUGCGUGUGGAGGAUGUGAAGUCUCUGACGGCUCAUAUAAUAGAGAACUACUGGAAGGCCCUGGAGGAUGUGGACUACGUCCAGACGUUUAAGGGCCUCAAGCUUCGGUAUGAGCAGCAGAGGGAAAGGCAGGACAACCCCAAACUCGACAGCAGCAUGCGAUCAAUUCUACGAAACCACCGUUUUCGGCGGGACGCGAGGACGUUGGAGGACGAGGAGGAAAUGUGGUUUAAUGAUGAAGAAGACUUGGAGGACGGAGAGGCGGUAGUGCCACCCUCAGACAAAAUGAAGAAUGAUGAGGACCUGAUGGACCCCAUCAGCAAGUUCAUGGAAAGAAAGAAAUUAAAAGAGGCAGAGGAAAAAGAGGUUUUGUCGGGGAAAUCUAGCUUGUCUGGGAGACAGAGCCCCAGUUUUAAGCUGUCCUUCUCCAGCUCGACCAAGCCCAGUCUGUCUUCACCUCCCACAGCCUCACUGCAUCCUGGCUCGCCCGGAUCACCGGGAUCCCCUGGCACGGGGACCAGGAACUCUCCGCCCACGGCAGCUGUCACCACGAAGGGUGGUUUGGUGGGACUUGUGGACUAUCCUGAUGACGAUGAGGAUGAUGAGGAUGAAGAAGAUUCGGACAAUAAAGAGGAGAGCCCUCCGCUUUCCAAGAAAUCAAAGCUGAGCUCCUAAAACACUCCCCUGCCCACCUGGCACGGUAAAGCUCGGAGGGAGCCUUAUCUACAAACUCAUUUCAGCGCUCAGCCUAGAACUCAGAAUUCAACCAAUAUGAACGAAUAAACAAAUGAAUGGAUAAAAGAAUGAAUGCUGCCCCCAUAACCCCCAUCAGCAGUCCAAGCAGGGGUUUGCCAUGUGGAAACAGAGAAAGGGAGAGCAAGAAAGAGGGAAGAAGAAUCGGUCUCGGAGCGAAGAGGAGAACGUCUCCAUGCGGGGAGUUCAAGUGCCAAUCGGAGACGGAGUGAAAGAGACUCAGAGCAGAAAGAGAGCAAGAUAAAACUGUGGGUUUGGACAAAUGAUUGAAAGGAUUUAAUAAAAAUAAUUUCAACAAAGCUAAAAGUACUGGGGGGUAAAAAACACACACAUGCACACACACACCCUCUCUCACGGAGACUGGUGCCCUAUAAAGCGUCCCAGGCUCGGACCAGGACACACUGCCCCCCCCUCUCAGGGAAGGACGCCACAUGACCCAAAUGGACCAGCCAAUCCUGAACCACCGCUCACCUUCGCUGAUUCCAUUCUCCAUUUCUUUCUCUCUUUCCUCUAUCCCUUUUUUUCUGCCCCUUUUGGUCUUUUUUUUUUUUAAUUAACCUCUUUUGGUUUUUGUUUCUGGAGCCUGACAGAAUCCCGGGGGCAGAACAGUCUGGGUUGUCAUUGUUGAUGUCAUCGUUGUCCUUGUGGCUCAGCGGAAGUUCUUCCUCUUUCAAAGCCAGCGGUUUCCUCGUUUUUUUUCUUGUUCUGUUCUUCUCUUCCUCUCCCUUUUUUAAAAUGAAAAAAGAGACCUGCCUUUAAAUGUUCAGGACGUUUUCAGUCGCACUUGAACAGGUUUUUAAAACCUCAUUAGGGGGAAGAGUUAGUUUUACCCUUUUUUUUUUUUUGCCCUUUGAAACUGCAGAUUUUUUGGAAAAUUUGUAAGCCUGUCUUGAUUAAAGAUUGAGUGGAACUCUAGAUGUGAUUGAUUUUUUUCCCCCUUUUUGUCAUAUCUUCAUUUUUCUUUUACAUGAGUGUACUCUUAGUUGGUGGGUAUGUUUGGGACCAUUAAAAAGAUUUUUGCUGUAAUAUA